AUGGCUGGAUCAUCUGACAAGCAGUUAACGUCGUUUUUUAUCAAAGACAUUUUGUCUAUUAAAGAGGACUCGAGGGGAAACGGUUGCUGUAACAGCGCCACGACCAAGAUUGAAAGCGAAGAUUGGAGCACAGAUAUGGUGGACAGUUCUCGGAGUGGUCAAGAUAAAACGCUUUCAGCCACGGACACAAACGGAGUCCCAAAACAGAAACGUUCUCGUGCCGCCUUCACGCACCUGCAGGUGCUGGAGCUGGAGAAGAAAUUCAGCCAUCAGAAAUACCUGUCCGCUCCCGAAAGAGCUCACCUGGCCAACACUCUUAGACUAACUGAAACACAAGUCAAAAUUUGGUUCCAGAACAGAAGAUACAAAACCAAACGAAAGCAACUCGCCUCGGAUUACAGGAGAGACUAUUUUCAAAAACCAGACGGACCUGCGGUUGUAGGUUCCGAAGAGGACUUGCUCAGGGCGUCAUUUUUAGCAUCGGUCUACAAAUCAUACCAAUAUCGACCAUAUGCAUGUGACUACCACGGACUUGGUGUAUUGAAGCCGACAGCAGCCAGACGACACCCAGAGACGGUCCGAUUCCGAGACUCGGCCGGACUGGGAGACGCAACGGGACCUGAGGGGCCACUGUGCGGACUGGACUCUGUCAGUACUGGUUUAAGCGUCUACCUGCGGCGUGACCUAAGGGCGCGGACUGGGAGACAAAGGAAGAGAGAGUGA